GUUUGUCUCCAUAAAACAACAAGAAGAAGAGCGCUCCGUUUCCAAGCACCAACCAGAAGCACAUCAAGACUUCUUUUUACAGUUCAUCUCCUGGGCUUUAAAAUCGAUUCUUCUGUUUUCAUGACUCGAAACAUGGUUAAGAACUAUAUUUUAUUCUAGAGAUUAUAUUUUAUCUUCUUCUCCCGAGUAAACUCCUCCGCGUCACACUACUGCAAUGGCUGAUUUUGGUUUUAAUGAACACCAUCAGCAUGAGGUGAUAAACUACAUGCGAUUUGCCCGCUCUAAACGGGCCCUUAGACUGAAGACUGUCGACUCCUGUUUUCAAGACCUAAAGGAAAGCUCAUAGAAGAGACAUACACAGUGGACGAGGUGACUGAUAUUCUAAAUGGGCUUCAGGUUUUGGUGCGUGGAGAAGUGGAGAUGGAACUCAUAAACACAGCUCACACUAACGUGCUGCUGCUGCGACAACUUUUUUCUCAGGCUGAGAAAUUCUACCUAAGGCUGCAGACAGACAUUUCAGAGCUGGAGAACAGAGAGUUGCUGGAGCAAGUAGCUGAGUUUGAGAAGACUGAUUUCAAACCCAACAUCAAGGCAAACCAGGAGACCACUAAGCCAAAAUUAGCACCGCUGAAUGAAGGAGGUGUUUCUGAACUACUACAGAGGGAAAUUUCUAGACUACAAGAGGACAAUGACAAAUUGAAAGCCAGACUGAGAACCCUGGAAUCUCGGGCCAUGUGUGCUUUAGAGGACAAAUCCAAAGCAGAGACGGCCUUGAAAGAUCUUCAAAAAAGUCAAGGAGUACAUCAGUCCGUAAUGUGUGCUCAAGAGAUUGCAAAUCUUGAAGACACAGUUGCAGCAAUGCAGGCUGACUUUGAAAAGACCCUGAAUACCAACAUUACUUCUCAGAAAGACCUGCAGGACAGCCUGGUGUCUACUAAACAUGACUUGCUUCGUGUCCAGGAGCAGCUAUCCCUUGCUGAGAAGGAACUGGAAAAGAAAUUUCAGCAGACAGCUGCGUACCGCAACUUGAAGGAGAUUCUCAAUAAAAAGAAUGAACAGAUUAAAGACCUGAGAAAGAGACUACUAAGAUAUGAAUCAGCUGAGUGAACAAGCAACCCACAGGAAACUCAUGAAGAGGUCAUAAAGAAUUUUUAAGCAUAUUUAAGCAAGCUGAAGUCUUUUUUUCUGUAAAGGGACACAUUUAAAAAAAACAGGACCAAAUUAUGAGAAACAAGAAUUUGCAAAAAUAAACUGUCAUCCCCAUUGAUGAGAUGAGCUUUUUUGGGUCUGAUACAUAAGUUACACAAUGUUGUAAGUUUUGCUGCUUUACACUAGAUUAGAAAUACUUCACUCAAACAAGAGCACAAUUGAUUGUAACACUUUAGUUGAUCACAUUCCACACUAUAAACAAUUUAUUAACUAGCACUAUUAGAUUAAUACACUACUAAUUACCUGUUUAUUAAUAGUAUAGUAGAAGUUGGGGAUUAGGAUUUGGGUAGGAUUAGGAAUGCAAAAGAUUGUACUUUGACUACGAAUGAACAGUUAUUGUCUUAAUAAUAGACAGGUAAUAAGUCAGUAGUAAAUAACAUGAAUUGUGACCUAACUAAAGUGUUACCCAAGUAACUAGUUUUUCAUUGUAGGGCUUGUUACUCAGAUGUGAUUUUUACAUGUACCUAAUUUUUACAUUGAAGAUUGUGGGCUCGCAUUACUAAGGAGAAAACAAUGUCCAGUGCUUUUUUCAUGUUUACCUGAUUAAUAUAGCUUCACUUCUGUCAGUUUCAUGUUUCUGAGUAAAAAAUAGCAAUUGAUAUGUGCA